AUGGAGAGCUUUGCCCUGCCCACCGUUUCCACUGGGGCCAUGCCCUGCGGCACCAGGACAAGAAGCCCAGAGGCCCCAUGCCCCUGGCGCCCUGCCAGCCUGCCUGCCCCGCCGGGCAGCAAGCGCCCUGCCCGCACCUGCACCAUCUACCGGCCCUGGUUCUCGCCCUACAGCUACUUCAUGUGCACCAAAGGAGCCGCCCAGCAGCACCCGGGCACCUUCUCCUUCAGUCUGGCCACCAGCACCUGGGAGCCUGAGGAGCCCGAUGACCUCUCGGAGAUCGUCUGCUCCUCCUCUGUCUCCUCAGACAAGCCCCAGCCCCCCGCGAGGAACAGUCUGGCCAGCUGCGGAGCCAGUAUCACCAUCUGGGACAUCCUUGCCGCUUCCCAGCGGCAGUCGGUGGCCCAGCGCGGCUACCAGUGCGUGUCGUGCUGCCGCAUCUUCCCCACGCUGUGGUCGGUCAAGACCCACAUCCAGCACAGCUCCCAGGAGGGCUACAGCUGCAAGGUGUACUACCGCAGGCUCAAGGCCCUGUGGGAGAAGGAGCACAAGGAGCAGCAGGCUGCAGCCCCCAGGGUGCCCAUGUAG